AUGGGCUCUCAAUACCGAAUUGACCCAGCAAUGGUUGGGAAAUCACUUUUACUAAUGUUGCUUUGCUUGCUCAGCAAGGAAGCUACAGGAUGUACCGUUUUCAUUGUUGGAAAGGAUGCCUCGGCCGACGGUUCCGUUAUGGUCUCUCAUUCCAACGACGGCGAGUUUAACACUGACCCACGUUUGGUAAAGGUUCCAGCAUCUAGUUCCGUCAAAGGCACACAGCGUCCAGUCUUUUUCUCACCCGAAGACUAUCCUCGCUACGUUGGCCACGACCGCCAAGUUCCGGAAUAUUAUCCCACGGAUGGCCAAACAUCCUUUGAGCCGAUUGGGUACAUUCCACAACAAGUCUCAUCAUCAACCUUUGCCUAUUUGGAGGAAACCUAUGGUGCCUUGAACGACAAGCAAUUGGGUAUUGGGGAAUCGACUUGUUCCGGAGUCUUUGGCGCCAUUCCAUUGGGUGCACCGAAUGGCACCGCACUCUUGAGCGUGGACGAGCUGACCCACAUUGCCAUGGAACGAGCGACUACAGCACGAGAAGCAGUGCAAAUGAUGGGUUCCUUGGCAGAGGAAUAUGGAUUUUAUGGCGCUGGAGAAUUCGAAGGGACUUCUGAAUCUUUGGCAGUUUCCGAUACGGAAGAAGCUUGGAUAUUUCACAUUUUGCCCGAUCCCACUGGCAAAUCUUGCAUUUGGGCAGCGCAACGAGUUCCAGACAAUGGAUUUGCGGUAUUGGCCAACAUGUUUGUCAUUCGUCAAGUAGAUCCAAAUGAUGACGAAUACUUUCUCAUGAGCAAGAGCGUCCACCAAGUUGCCAAGGAGUACAAUUGGUGGAGUGAAGAAGAUGGACUCUUGGAUUUUACCAAGGUUUAUAGCGAUGGGGAAUAUUCCCACAAGUUCUAUUCGGGUCGUCGCAUGUGGGGUGCCUACCAUUUGGCCUGUCCCUCCUGCAACUUUCCAGCCGACUAUGUUGAUUUGCAAUCGGAUCCUGUCUAUCCCGUGUGGACGGUUCCGGAUCAACCCAUUUCAGUAGAGGAUCUAUUCCGUUAUCAUCGAUACACCUAUCAGAAUACUCCAUUUGACUUGAGCGCAGCAGGAAACUUGGCUGCUGGUCCCUUUGGAAGUCCAGAUCGGUGGAAGGCGGGUUCGGGAGAAAAACAAGUCGGUGGCAACUGGGAGCGUGCCAUAGGCUUGUACCGAACAUCGGAUACUUAUGUCGUCCAAUCCAAGAAGGGAUCAUCUUUGGGUGGAGUCUUGUGGUUUGGUCCAGCGUCUGCUUUGGGAACAGUUUUCACUCCCUUUGUCGUGCAACUGGACUCUAUUCCAAAGUCCUUUUCGACUGGAUAUCAGGGUGUCUUUUCUCGCGAAUCCGCCUUUUGGGCUGCCUGCUAUGCUCACAAUAUUGCCAAUCUCAAAUGGAGCUACGCCAUUCAAGAUUUGCAAACAAGACAAAUUUCCCUAGAAAGAAAGUCGAUUGAUCUCAUGAAGCAAUUGGAGUCUGAUUAUCAAAUGAGUAAGGACGAUCAAGAAGACUUUGCUGUUGUGGAAUCAGCAAUUAUGGACAAUGCGGCUAGUAUCGUGUCGUCAUUGUGGCAAUUAUCAGAUGAAAUCAUGUUCAAGUAUGCCAGUGGAUUUGUCAAUGAAGACGAUUCUCAUGGAGGAUUGUCUCAGAUGGUUGGAUAUCCAGCAUGGUGGCUAGAAGCAGUUGGAUUCAAAGAGGGUCCUCCACCCCCACCAACAGAGCCCAAGUGCUGCAAUCCACCAAAGGCUGGCAAGACAGCCCCAGUAGGAGGACUCCGAAACGCAGGAUCAUCUUCAGUCGUUACGUCUGCUGUCUAA